ACUCCAUUUUCAGCUAUCUAACUGAUCGUCUUUCUGGUAAAUUUUUCGAUUACAACAAUCUAAUUUAAAGUAAGUUUUCAUAUUCUAAAGUUUUCUUAUGUGAUCAAACAUGUUGAUUUAUAUUCAAAUUUUAGCCAAAUCGUAACAAUGUCGAAGAGAUUUGAUGAAAUUCCCAUGACUAGCAUUUGUAACGUUUGCUCCAGCUUCAAGGAACGUUCAAGCAUUUGCGUGUAUUGUGAAAAUGCUUUGGAAGUUCGAAGAGAGAAUGAAAAGAAUAAUUCACUAAUGGCGGCUUUUAGAAAGCCGAACUUUGUGGCAGAUGGAACAUCUUCGUCGCCAUCUUCCUCUGAGGGGUUGUCUGAAUCAUUCGCUGAAUCUCCAUCGUCUGCGGGUGCCGCUUCUGCUUAUGACUCUGCUUCUGCAUAUGGCUCUCCUUCUGUUUAUGAAUCUGCUUCUGCUUAUGAAUCCGCUUCUGCCUAUGAAUCUGCUUCCAGCUCUGGCGCAAGCUCUUUAGCUGGUUCAAGUUCGGGCGCUGAUUCUUCCUCGCCAGAACAAUCAACUCUCCCUACUUCGAGUGACGAGUCUUCUGCGGAAAGUGCGGCUUCCACCAAAAAAAAGGUAACGAAGACGCCUUUAAAUUACGGAAAUUUCUUAGUAAAUUGUCCAAAGGAGGCCCACGUUCUGUACAAUGUCAGAAUCUUAUCGAAUGGCCUCAAGGUGGUAUUCUCAAAAGUACGCAAAACCCAGGAGCAAAUUGACGCUGAAGAAGCUGAGGCUGAAGCACAAAGACAAGCGGAGCAGCAACAAGCCGAAUUUGAACAGAUAGCUAAUCGUAACACAGGAGAAGAUGAAUCUUCUUCCGAAUCUGAAGCUGGAAACGAGCUAACUUUUAACUUUAGAGACGUGACCAGCUUCUAUCAUCCUUUAGGCUGA